UUUCCAGGUGUAGCGUGUCAGGUAGAAGAAUUCCUGGGUGACGAGUCCAAGGUCAGAAUUGGCUGGGCGGUAGGGCGACCUCGAUGAAACGGGUUGCUUCUCAUGCUAUAUCGACUGCAAGAAUGUCCUUUAAUAAUGCUUUCACACUACACGCAGCUUACUCCUUCUUCCUAAACAUACACUCAGCCUCGAUUACGAACACCUCGCAAGGCCUGUAUCAUCCUCCCUCAACACAAUGGCGUCCAAAGGCACUACCCCUACGACCGGCGCUCAAUCGCAGCAACGUCUCGACGCGGUUCUCAAGGAUUACCAGAACUGGUGCAAACGUGCCAAGGUCCCAGCCGACUUCGACGCAGAUCUUUCGACCAUCAGCGUUCUCAGCGAUAGAAUCAAUCGUUACCUAACCUACCGGGUCGAGCAAUCGCGUCGUGCGGAUCAAAGUCGCGAUGCCUGCAUGACCUGGGAAGACCUAAAGGUCCUCGGGCGACAGCUUCGUAACAUCGCGGUGACCGCUCUCAACUUGGAACGUGCUUCAGGCUUACAUGCUGUCAUCGACCUCGGUAUCGAAGGCCACUGUUACGAGCUUACCAACACUCAUCCGGUCGUCGUGCAGAAGAGGUCUAUCACGAUCGACUGCUCCCUGGACGAAUCGGACGACGGAGGAGUCACCCGUACUAUCGUCAAAGACGACGACCAAGAUAGCUUUAAUGGAUUCGCGGACCAGUUGAUGUGCGGGGAUAUCAUAGGGGAGAAUAAAGGGUUCGACUUGAAUUGGCUCAAUGAAUCCGAUGAAUCGGAUGUGUCGGACAGCUACAUGGAGGAUGAUUUCUCGGAUCCUGCCGACGACGAGGCCAUCAGAAAGAUUUACCAGGAGCUCAUGGCGAAAAAGGCAGAGAACAGGAGCCGAGCUGGACAAGGUCAGAAGAGGGCGGCUCCGACCGAGACUGGAAAGAGGAGUGCGGGAGGGAGCAACGGCGGGGAUGGGGUGGCCAGCGGGAGUGGUAGCGGCGAAACUCCUCAGACUCAACAAGGUAGUUCGAACAAGAAGCAAAAACAGCGAAGCGGUUAGAGCACGUCGCGUGGUACCCCGCUGGACCGACUUAUGGCCUCGUGGUCGUCUUAGGAUCAUGCAGCACUCCUGCGCUCAAGUUCGAUCCCGCUACUAAACAAGGAUACGUGCCGAGUUUGUAACUUUCUCGCGAGACUGUUACAGGCUUCCGGACUCUUCGACGACAUAGUCACCCUUAGGAAAACCACGGGGUUGUAUCAUUACCAAACAUCGCCUUAGGCCAUACGAUAUACUUACGAAAAGG